AAGCAACCAAUCAGAAACUGAGGCUUGUCACGUGGCCAAUAUUAGAGUGACCAUGCAACCGAGCAAGAACAAGGACCGGUGACUGAGAACACCACCACACUAAACACAAACAAAAAUGGCGGCGGCAACAACCACUGUAUUAGUUCCUCCUCUUUUGACACGCACCAAAGUCACCCGCUGCUCUGAUUUUCCAACACUCUCUCCUCGCCCUCGCUCUUCUUCUUCCCCUUUCCGUCAAAAUCACUUUAUUCUUUCAGAAAAUCGAAAGAUUUCUCAGCUUCUGACCCGGGCUUCUUCAGAGGAAACAUCUACUUCUGUAGAUGCUAGCGAGUUGUUUACAGAUUUGAAACAGAAGUGGGAUGCUCUUGAAAACAAGUCUACAGUGCUUCUAUAUGGUGGUGGGGCUAUUGUUGCUCUUUGGUUAUCUUCAAUUCUUGUUGGUGCCAUCAACUCAGUUCCCUUGCUUCCAAAGAUUAUGGAGUUGGUAGGACUAGGGUACACUGGAUGGUUUGUCUAUCGAUACCUUCUGUUCAAGUCUAGCAGAAAGGAACUAGCUACAGACAUUGAGGCACUGAAAAAGAAAAUUUCCGAAACUGAAUAGAACAGAACUGUAUUAACAGGUAGCAAGUCAACUUGAUAUGUUUUCGAUCAUCAUUUCUUUGUUUUGAUGUAUGAGAGGCAUUUGUGUAUCCCUUUAUGUAGAAUAGAAUUUCUCAACCUCUUCAGUCUUUUUUGUACCAAUCCAUUUCGUUGUCGGUAAAUCUUUUGUUUAUCACUAGCUCAACUGUAGCCGAAUCAAUUAUUCUGUUUAUGCAUACGUACCAAGAUUAAGAUCC